AUGUCCCGGAGACCCCGGCACAGUAUAUAUAGUAGUGAUGAUGAUGAAGAAGAUGUUGAGGUCUAUGAUCACGACUAUGAUGGUCUGCUUCCCAAGACUGGAAAACGCCACUUAGGAAAAACCAGGUGGACCCGUGAGGAGGAUGAAAAGCUGAAGAAGCUUGUGGAGCAGAAUGGCACAGAAGACUGGAAAGUCAUUGCCAAUUUCCUUCCUAAUCGGACAGAUGUUCAGUGCCAGCACCGAUGGCAGAAGGUACUAAACCCAGAACUUAUCAAAGGUCCCUGGACUAAAGAGGAGGAUCAAAGGGUAAUAGAGCUCGUGCAGAAAUACGGUCCAAAGCGCUGGUCUGUCAUUGCUAAGCAUUUGAAGGGAAGGAUUGGAAAACAGUGCAGGGAGAGGUGGCACAACCAUUUGAAUCCAGAAGUGAAGAAAACCUCCUGGACAGAAGAGGAAGAUAGAAUUAUUUACCAGGCACACAAGAGGCUGGGAAACAGAUGGGCAGAGAUUGCAAAGUUGCUGCCUGGACGAACUGAUAACGCUAUCAAGAACCACUGGAACUCCACCAUGCGCCGGAAGGUCGAGCAGGAGGGCUACCUGCAGGAGUCCUCCAAAGCCUGCCACUCCUCAGCAGCUGCUGGCUUUCAGAAGAACAACCACCUGAUGGCCUUUGCUCACAGCGCGUCGCCGCCCGCGCAGCUGCCGGUGGCCAGCCAGCCGCCGCUGGGCAGUGACUACCCCUACUACCACCUCCCCGAGCCUCAGAACGUUCCUGGUCAGAUCCCGUAUCCAGUAGCACUGCAUGUAAAUAUUGUCAAUGUACCUCAGCCAGCUGCUGCAGCUAUCCAGAGACACUAUAAUGAUGAAGACCCUGAGAAAGAAAAGCGAAUAAAGGAAUUAGAGUUGCUACUAAUGUCGACUGAGAAUGAACUGAAAGGGCAGCAGGCAUUACCAACACAGAACCACACAUCAAACUACCCCGGCUGGCACAGCACCACAAUUGCUGACAGUACCAGGACCAGUGGUGACAGUGCACCUGUUUCCUGUUUGGGGGAGCAUCACCACUGCACUCCAUCUCCGCCGGUGGAUCACGGUUGCUUACCUGAGGAAAGUGCAUCCCCUGCCCGGUGCAUGAUUGUUCACCAGAGCAACAUCCUGGACAAUGUUAAGAAUCUCUUAGAAUUUGCUGAAACACUCCAGUUAAUAGACUCCGAUCCUUCAUCAUGGGGUGAUCUCAGCACUUUUGAAUUCUUUGAAGACACAGACACUCCGGCUAGCAGAGCUCCCCCAGGCAAAGCCGCGCAGCUUCAGCAGAGAGGGGCCAGUGCUUGCAGACCGCAAGGACAGCCCACCACAAAUUUGAGCAAAGUCAUGUCGAGUCAGGGCUCUCUUGGCUCACCAAAGACCUUAUCUGCCUCCCAGGGCAGCGCGGCUCCGUGGCUCCUUCUACGCAAAAGGAGAGGGCACUGCGGCCCCUCAGCCAGUGGCCACGGUAGCGCCUUGGUCCGAGCUGACGCCAGCAGCUCAACUCCUCCUAAGCGCUCCCCUGUCAAAAGCCUGCCCUUCUCUCCCUCGCAGUUCCUAAACACCUCAUCCACUCACGAAAACUUGAACCUGGAGAACCCUGCACUUACCUCCACGCCGGUGUGCGGCCAUAAGAUGGCAGUUACCUCCCCGUUCCACAGGGACCAGGCUUUCAAAGCUCAGAAGGAAAACCAUGUUUUCAGGACUCCAGCAAUCAAGAGGUCGAUAUUAGAAAGCUCUCCAAGAACACCCACUCCAUUCAAAAACGCACUUGCAGCUCAGGAAAUCAAAUACGGUCCUUUGAAGAUGCUGCCUCAAACUCCAACUCAUCUUGUAGAAGAUCUGCAGGAUGUUAUCAAGCAGGAGUCAGAGGAAUCUGCAAUAGUGGCUGGGCUACAUGAAAGUGGACCCCCUUUGCUGAAGAAAAUCAAACAAGAGGUGGAGUCCCCAACAGAUAAAGCUGGAAAUUUUUUUUGCUCAAAUCACUGGGAAGGAGAAAACCUGAACACUCAGCUCUUUACACCUGGGUCUGCUAUGGAAGAUGUGCCAAAUCUUCUUACCAGUUCCAUUUUAAAGAUGCCUGUGUCUGAAGAUGAUGACAGUUUUCACAAAACAGUUGCAGUACCUAGAAACAGGCCACUAGCUAGUCCUCUACAGCAUCUGAACAACACCUGGGAGCCGGCGUCCUGCGGGAAGAUCGAGGAUCAGAUGGCUCUGCCAGAUCAGGCGCGCAAAUACAUGGCCACCUUCCCCACCCGGACUCUGGUGAUGUGAAAGCGUCGGCGCACAGAGAAGCAUUAUGGUUCUGAGAACACUUCACCUCCACUGGGAAAUUCCUGUUCCUCUGCAUGAGAACUUUUCAUGAAUGGGAGAAGAGCCUAUCUUUGUUGUGGUACAACAGUUGGGAGCAGCACAAAGUGCAUUUAGUCACUCAGCAUAUAUAUUCUUGUUGGAUUUCACCCAACUUAAGAGUUUGUGUUUUUUUAAUGAUACUUGCCUAAAUUAUUAGGUAUUGAGUUUGAAUCGGUAAUUAAUGAUCUUAAGUGCAGUCUUAUAAUAAAGAUAAUUUUUCUUGUACUUUUUGAGAUCAAACAGACUUAAUACACCAGUAUUGUUAUUUCAGUGAUGUGCUAGUCAGGGGUGGGGUUUAGUUUGUUUCUUUUUUAUUUUUUAUUUUGUUUUGUAAUAAUAAAAGAGCAGGUACUCACACAGAUAUAUUUUAAAUCACUGAACAAAAUGAAUUGGUGUAAAAUACCGAAGUGAAAAGCAUUACUACAAACGCUUGUCUGUGCAAAAGGGGAAAGCUGAUCAAGAUCGUGAAUGCUCAAACAUCCAUGCCUCUUGAAAUACUCCUUUCUGUUUUGGUUCUAGGCCAUUAUACAUUGUGUGUUUCUGGUGGGGGGGGUGGGUAAUUAGCUUGCUUUAA